AUGGAGCGCGAGCUGGAGGCGCUGGAGACGCGGCCCGCGAGCCCGGCCGAGCCGCCCUUCCAGGCGCUGGUGGAGGCGGCUGGGGGCCGCGGGCAGGUGCUGCUGGUGGGCGAGCUGUGGGAGCGCGAGCAGAGCCGCGCGCUGCUGCGGGACUUCGCCACCGCCGUGUUCCCACCCGAGCCCGCCGCGGGCAAGCCGGGCAGCGCGGCGGCGGAGAGCGCCGGGCCCGGGGAGGCGUGCGGGGCGCAGAGGGCGCUGGGCACGGCGGCGCGCGCCAUCCGCUCCCCGCUGGUCUUCGUGCUUUGCCGCGCGUCGUCUCUGGCCGCCAGGGAGCCGCGGCGCCGCCUGCGGGAAAUGCUGCGGGACGUGCGCGGCCGGAGGCGGGCCGGCGCGGCGCUGGUCGGGGUGCUGGUGGCCGAGGCGGGGCCGGAGGACGCGGUGGCGCCCGGGCUCCGGCUGCUGGAGGCGCUGCUGCGCACAGUGUUCGGCCGCCAGGCGGGUGGCCCCGUGCAGGCAGCCGCCUACUGUCCCAGCCACCCGGAAUCCAGCCUGGCUGUCCAAGCGGCCGCCUGCAGAGCCCUGCAAGCCGCGGGGCCCGGGCGACCAGAAGAAGGAACUUGGGAGAGACCUGGCCUCCCAGGACUGCUGGCCUGUUUUACUUGGGGUCCUUGGAGCCAGAGGAAGGACCAAGAUGCCAUCUCCUCCAGAAGCCCAGCUCAGGAGAACUUCCAAGACUCACAGGAGGAGCUGGCACUCACCACCAUAUUUCCCAACGGAGACUGUGAAGACCAUGGAAGUGGACCCAAAGCCUGUGAUGGAGUCGUYCACACGCCCCCUGAGCCCACUGGAGAAACCAGAUGAAGGCUGGACCCUCGGACUGUCCCUGGCUCUGACCCACACCCUGAGGCCUGGUCCUUCUCACUGAGCCCCCAAGUCGACCUUGUCUGGUGGUGACUGUGAAAACCCCUCUUUUAGGGGGCUGUCACAUUCCCUAUKGCCAGUUCGGGAGCAGGACUUGCUAAGACAGGCAGGGCCUAGGAAAACUGUCCCUUGGGACCGGCUCUCCACUUGCCAUUUGCUACUGUGAUCAUAGUAAGGUUAUUUUAGCUCUCUGUACCUCAGUUUCUCUAAGCCAAGGAGACGGGUAGYUCUCKACUUUGAGGCUCUGCAGAACUGUGGCACCCCAGGGUGUGUGCAGCUCUGGACACCUGCAGGAGAGUGCAGCUGGAAGGAACUCUGGGCCAGAUAUCAUCAGWUCUGGGCUGUGACUUGGGGUGUGUCAUUCCAUCUCUGGGACUUCUGUUUUCAAAUGCAUGAGGGGCUGCCAAACCACUGGCUUUUCAGCCAGGGGCCAGGCUGCCCUUCCAGGCAGCAUUGGAAACCUGUGUGUUGGGGUGGGUCACUGACUGUGGGGCACCCCUGGCAUUGAGUGGGAAUCCUGCAAUGUGCAGGGUAGUCUCCAACAGCAAAGAAUUGGUUCACUCAAUAUGGUGACACCUUUGAGACACUGGAAGAACCAGUCCCUUUUUCCCGUCAAAUUCUGGGAAGAGUCCCCCAGAGAGUGUCAGGCUUCUUGGGACCUUGGCUCUGAGAACAAGCCAAAAUAAAGACCACAUUGUUGCCCCGGGGGCCUGUCAGGCCAGAGCCAAGAUGGUCCGUGUGUUGCAGGGCCAGGACAGAAAUAGCCCUUCGUGCCGUGCCGGUGAGAAGAAAGGGCUGCUCUCUUUCUCAUGUUGAUAUUGACUUUCUGUGCCAAGUCCUUGGAGGGUAAGAAUGCUGGGAGCUGCCCACAGCACCACCCAGAGGAAGGCAGGGGGCAGGGGAGGCUCCGGUCAGCUCUAGGUCUCAGUUCCUAUCCCAAGGUCAAAGCAGACGCAGCCCUGUACCUCGGUUUCUCUAAGCCAAGGAGACGGGUAGCUCUCGACUUGGAGGCUCUGCAGAACUGUGGCACCCCAGGGUGUGUGCAGCCUUUCCUCUAGUGGCCUGCGUCAGACAGGGCGAUGAUGUUCCCUGCAGAGCCGGCAAGGCCUAUGUUCACCCUCAGGCGGCUCAGCAUCCCUCUCUCGUCGACUUUGAGCGCUGGAGAAAUCCGGUCUUCAGACUCCAGCGGGAGGGCAGCUCCUGAUUUCCCCGGUGGGAAGCCCCCACCCCUCAGGGAAGUGGCCACGCCCAUUCAUUCCUGCGAUUCGAUUCGCUCCGCAGACACAGUCGUGCCACUACUCUUUAGCUCGCGACCUUCCAAAUGCUCUGGACCUUCCAGUUGUUAUUUCAGCUUUCUCUGUGAUGUUGCCAAAUCGUAGGACGGAAGCCUCUAGCCGAGGGGCUCUGUGAUGUUAAGGAAGGGCCCUCUCUACUCUGUGCCUCAAUUUCUUUUCCAUAACAGGGAGCCAGGUCCUACCCCUCCCUGGCCUCGCAGGGAUGGUGUGAGGUCCCACGAGACAACAUCUUCCUUGGGCCUGGGUGGCAGUGACAUUUUUUAAUAAUGCAGGGUUGUCUCCCCAGUAGAUAGAUCCAGCUGGCAUCUUUACAUAGCAGGAAUUCAAGAAAUUUUGAUUCAUUGAUUUUACUUUUUUAACUGGGGAGACUGGUAUAUCUGAAGCUGCUAUAUUUUUCUAUUUCCUCAUUGAUCUCUGUAUAAUAAUUUUGGUUGGAAUUUUAUCUGGUGGUAGGGAGGGUGGUGGGGCUUGUUAUCCGUUAGGAAUUUGUCUAAGGCAGAAGUUACAGGGUUUAAAAAUCUUUUGUAUUUGUUGCCAAUAUUUGAAACUUGGCACAU